GCACUCUACAGUGUGUCCCAAAAAAAAGGAAACCAGCAAUAGAUUGCUUAUUUCUCAAAUAUGAAUAAUAAUAGGAACAUUUUAAAGCUACCAUCUGAUAGGUUAUGAUGUCCUUUUUCUUAUGAUACCAAAGGUGUUUAUUUUUCUUCACGGAUGACCGAGUUCUAAGAGAUUUAAGUGACCAUGUCAGAAAUUGGUUUGUGCCACUUUUUCUGUCAUGAAUGGCUGAACAAUGAGGGAUUAAAAUGGCUAUGCAAGACCAUGUCCUAUUCGAAAUACACAUUUCUGAACAAGCAUUCAACAUAGCAAGUUCAUGCAGCUGACCCAAGAUCAAAGAGUAUUCGUAGUAAGUAAGUGGCUCAGAAGUGGGAGCCUUCAGCAGGUUGCUGAUCAGUUUAGAGAACGCUUCCCAGAUAGAAAUGUACCUGCUAAGUCGACAAUCUUGAAGAAUAUCAAGAAGUAUCAGAGAGAAGGAACAAGUCUCAAUGUCAACAAGGGACGUUCUGGAAGAAGAACAGCUCGGUCUGAUGAAAACAUCAGGAUUGUCGCAGCAGUGGAGGAUCUAAGGGGACAGAGAGACAUCAUCAGGGAUGCAGUACGUGCGAUGAGAUCAAUGGCAGACAUUUGGAUUGAAAGGAAUGGGGGUCAUGUUGAAGGACACUGGGGUUAAAACAACUUUGAAUGGACAUUGGGAUUUAAAAGGGGUGUUAUAUAUGAUAUGUGUAAUUUUAAUUGGAAUAAAUGAGUAAAAGAGUGAUAUCCUGAUGUUUGUUGUUACUUAUCACUUUGUUAUGAUGGUGAAAUUGACUUGGCUGAAAGUGGUACAAACUCAUUUCUGACAUGGUCACUUAAAUCCCUUAUAACUCAGUCAUCCAAGAAGGAAAAUAGACAACUUUGGUAUCAUAAGAAAGAGGACAUCAUAAUCUAUCAGAUGGUAGCUGUGAAAUUUUCCUAUCAUUAUUCAUAUUUGAGAAAUAAGCAAUCUAUUGCUGGUUUCCUUUUUUUUGGGACACCCUAUAUUAG